GGUAAACAAUGGAUUACUUCAGACGGUGCGACUCAAUGUGUUGAGAGUUUAAUCCGUUUUUUGAGCUGCGGACACAAUUCAAACAUUGUUGACUUUUCAGGGAGACAAAUGCCAUCGUGUCUUUGGCGGGACAGACUGAAACCUGUUGAAAGUCAAUAGAUUCUCUUUCAGUUUUGAGUGUUUCCUCUUGUUGGGAGCACACGGUGCUGAAAUCACGACUCUCCUUCGAUCCUGAAUAAAGAUGGUUGAUCCUACCACUCGGGUGGCUUUCUCCACUGUUGAGUCAAGCCUGAACAACAUGGUCCAGGCUCUUCUGAAAGAGAUGAGCGACCAAAGUGUUUGGGAAAAAGGACUGAUUCGAUGGAGUCUCCAGAAGAAGCUGGAAGCCAAUCCAUCCUGCAGCGUUUCAUUGAUCCGAGUGCUCGUCAAAGAGCUGGACAAGCUGCUACAGAUUGAUAAAGCGCGAUCCUACACGCAUACCAUUCCAGUGCUACACACACUCUACUAUGUGGUUAUGCAGUCAGGUGUCAUGAUUCCUACCAGCGUUUACCAGACGGUGUAUGAGUGCAUGAUGAAACUGCUGAUACUACCGUCUCCUUACUCCGGCGUGGCCCUGAGCACUCUGAGGAGCAUCAAGAUGGAGAUGACCACGCCAGGCUCCUUGUAUCACAGGAGAGUCACCGCAGAGCAAAACCUGAAGAAUGAGCAUCUCACCUUGCAGGAAAAGGUGUUUGUGCUUGCCGACCCAGCUGUGUUUUCUGCUCCAAUGGAAGCAGCAGUGAGGACCCACUUGGAGGCUUCCAGCUUUCUAACCGACGUGUCAACCAGGCAGAAGAAUGUGGUGCUGCAUGUGCUGCAGACGGGUCUCGGGACGACCUGCCAGAGCUCCAAGCUGACUCAGGCCCUGGAGGCUUUGGGGGAACAUAUGGUGGAGACGUAUUUCCAGGAAGUGGCUCUAGCCGUGGAGAAGAGUCUGAAGCAUGGUGCAGGUGGUUGUGCAAACUAUCUGACCAGACUACAACACAUAUACAGAGACAUCUUUACUGCCUCUCAAGAAGAACGAACCAAGCUCCAUCAGGGUCCUGUGUUCAGCACUGCAAUGCCCUACCCAGAGAUCAACUUCCUCUUGUGGAGGGACGAAGAGGAACUAUGGAGUCUGCUGGCAAACCUCGCCAAGUGCUGCGGCUCUAACUCAACGACUGUUGAUGAAGAAGAUUCAGUUCAGUCCGAGGACAGUGGGAUAGAGAGAGAUCUACAAGAGAGCGACACGUCCACAAAUCCUACGGCGACCUUCACGCGGAGAAGCGCCUUUAAGACCAUCAAGACGGCACAUGAACGGGGUCUAAUGAGUGAGAAGAGGGACGCGUUUCCCGGAGGAUCGCCUCUUUCCAAAGAAGACAGGAGGCGUCACACCGCUCGGGUGGUGGUACUGGGGGACGACCGUGUGCUGGGAAGACUGAGCAGGGCUUACCACUCGAUUCGAGAGAGAGAGUCAAAGCACCUUAUUUUGACCAGGAAACUGAACCUGCGGUUGUACUACAUCCCGGUUACAGAUGUGGCGCCCUCGCAGAGUUCCCCUGAUAGCCCAUGUGAGAAUGAAGGCCGAUUGGGCCUCGCCUCCUUCCUGGGAAAUGUGGAUCUGUGGUACAACAGCAACAUCAACAGUCUGGGAGCAGCCAUCUCCAAACUGGCUAGAAAGCAGUCUGUCCACAGAGAGCCGGCGGAGCCAGACGUCUUCCUCCUGGACACCCUGUGUUACUACCUCCGCUGUGGGACGCAGACGGUUAACCUGCCGCUCUAUUCGGUGAAGAUGACCCGCUCCAGCUGUGAUGUGGUGGAGGAGGUGUUUGUGUCCCACCUGGAGGCCGACAUCCCAGAGUUCAGGCACCUGAAAGAGAAGUUCUCAAAGGAGCCCAGUGUAUGCCGAAAGAAGCCAUUGGUGGAAGUCUUCCACUCACUCAUCUCAGUCAAUUACACAGAGAUCUCCUUAAGCAAACGAGAAGUGGUAAAGAGAGAAGCACCCAUGGCGUUUGGCGUGGCGAUUACAUCAGAGCCGGCAGCUUCAACAUCAGGCGAGGAUCACCUCACUGUCCAGUUUCACAGUGUGAACCCAGGAAACAACACAACGAUCCAAAUCCAGAACAUCAGCAUCAGGGCCCUGCAGCAUCGAACACUCUCCGUGUGUCUGGACAAGGACUCCCGCAGUACAUACACCGACGUUCAAAGGGUAGAGAUAUCCCCGUGCUUGCACCCGGGAUGCGGCAUCGGGUCCCGGUCCACGCGAGAGCUGCUGUUUAGCAAGUAUCUAGACAAAGCCAUGCACCUGCCGAUCAGCACCUUCACUGGUGAGCCGUGCGCUUCAUGGUGUACAGAUAAUGCAUACUGUACAUAAUGUUCUAUUAACGUCAAAGUGUGUUACGAAAUGUAAGUUUGUCCAAUGUUUGUAUAAUUCUUAUGAAUGCUCUUGUAUUCUAUUUAAUUAAAUUCCUUUUUAUCAUGGUAACUAGCUAUAAUACUAAAACAAAACACACCUUUAAAGGUGCUCAAUACAAAAUUGUAGAGCCCAUCUGUUGCCUCCACACGCCUCUCAACAUGGCAACGGCUGAGCCGGCGGCUAGAAGCUAACAGUGCAAACGGGGAACCGGAGGACGGGUGCUUCUCUUUAUACUCCUCUACUUUUAUUUUACAGAUUUAGUUCCUUUUCAGAUGAAAAUUUGACAUUUAAAACACACGAUGUGGUUUAUAAAACACAAUGAACUAAACUACUUAUGCAGUUGUACAACAUUUUAAGUGAGCUCUAUAAACGAGUUAUCGUCACUGGCUGCUCGUUGCUGAGAGGAUAUGAAGUAAUUUUGUAACAGAUGUGGGCAAACUUCCGUCUUUCAAUAGCAACUUAAGAUCACAACUGAGAAAUGUUUCUUGAAACUUGUCUUUUUCACGCUAUGUUCACUUUUUCACGCUAUGUUCACGCUAUGUUUGCUCCCAUCAAAUAUAUAUAUAUACACACAUAUAUCUAUAUCUAUAUAGAUAUAUGUGUAUAUCUAUAUAUAUAUUUCAAUAUUUUUUUCUCAGAUGAUCACACCAUGUGUGGAAUAUUAAUAAUUUAAUUAAUUACAAAAUUAUUGACAAGAUUUAUGGUAGUAAAAAAAAAAGACUCUAAAUCUGUUAAUUAUAUAUCCAUGCAUGUGCUCAACUGCUCUAAAAGCAGAACAGUAUAAUUGAUCACAAGUUGUCUUUUAUUAGUAAUUUUAGUAAAUACUAAAUCUGUAUAAUUACAAUAUUUUCAAUUCCAACACUUUGCUGUUGACAGAUCUGUAUACGUUUACUCAAAUAAAGUAUCUUUACACUUCACCCACCACUGAUCAACUCAUUGGAAGUCAUGUGUUGCUUUGUCACAGCCUGUGUGUUGUGUAGUCGUGUAGUCUCGUCUUUAUUAUUGCCUGUAGCAAUUCAAAUGUUCUUGUGACGCUGUUCAGGGAAUUAAUUUGCAUAUCAUUCAUUUAAAUUACACAUUUGCGGUCACACGUUCUCUGUUUGAAAGGGGAGGAAACACACGUCAGGUGACAUGGGUUCAUGAUGUGUGCUGAAUUUGGAAACGUGGUGAAUAAAUGAUCCCUCUCCAUGAA